CCCUCUCUCAUUCCGCAGCAGACAAACCUCAACUUCUACUACUGCUCUCUGUAGCUCCUUAAAGCGAAAACCUAAAAUUUAUUGGGGGAAGGGUUUUCCUUCUUGUUAAUCUCAUAAUCUCAAUGAUGGAGGACGAUCAGGAAUACGACCAACAGUACGAGGAAGAGGAUGAUGAGGAGAUCACCCAAGAGGAUGCCUGGGCGGUUAUCUCGUCCUACUUCGAGGAUAAAGGUUUGGUGCGGCAACAGCUUGACUCCUUCGACGAGUUCAUCCAGAAUACCAUGCAGGAAAUUGUUGAUGAAUCGGCCGAUAUCGAGAUUCGCCCCGAGUCGCAGCACAACCCCGGUCACCAGUCCGAUUUUGCCGAGACUAUCUAUAAGAUCAGCUUCGGUCAGAUAUACUUAAGUAAGCCAAUGAUGACGGAGUCUGAUGGAGAAACUGCAACCUUGUUUCCUAAGGCUGCUAGGUUGAGGAAUCUCACUUAUUCAGCUCCCUUGUACGUGGAUGUCACAAAGAGGGUUAUAAAGAAAGGGCAUGAUGGUGAAGAAGUAACUGAAACUCAGGAUUUCACCAAAGUUUUCAUUGGGAAAGUGCCAAUUAUGCUGCGUUCAAGUUAUUGCACGCUUUUUCAGAAUUCAGAAAAAGAUUUGACCGAACUUGGGGAGUGUCCAUAUGAUCAAGGUGGCUAUUUUAUUAUUAAUGGGAGUGAAAAAGUCCUCAUAGCUCAAGAGAAGAUGAGCACCAAUCAUGUCUAUGUUUUCAAAAAGAGGCAGCCUAACAAAUAUGCCUAUGUGGCUGAAGUUCGCUCAAUGGCAGAGUCCCAGAACCGGCCACCUAGUACAAUGUUUGUGCGCAUGCUUUCUCGGACAAGUGCCAGAGGGGGUUCGUCAGGGCAAUAUAUACGUGCUACACUUCCAUAUAUUCGAACUGAAAUCCCCAUUAUUAUUGUGUUCCGAGCUUUGGGGUUUGUUGCUGACAAGGAUAUAUUAGAGCACAUAUGCUAUGAUUUCUCUGAUACUCAAAUGAUGGAGUUGCUUCGACCAUCAUUGGAAGAAGCAUUCGUUAUUCAAAAUCAACAGGUUGCUCUUGACUAUAUCGGAAAAAGAGGAGCAACUGUUGGUGUUACUAGGGAAAAGAGGAUUAAGUAUGCUAAAGAGAUCCUUCAAAAGGAAAUGCUACCUCAUGUUGGUACUGGGGAUUUUUGUGAGACAAAGAAAGCUUAUUAUUUUGGGUAUAUUAUUCACCGGCUUCUUCUUUGUGCACUUGGUCGGAGGGCGGAAGAUGAUAGGGAUCAUUACGGCAACAAGAGGCUAGACCUGGCUGGUCCUCUACUUGGAGGUCUAUUUAGAAUGCUUUUCAGAAAGUUAACAAGGGAUGUGCGAGCUUAUGUUCAGAAGUGUGUUGACAAUGGAAAGGAUGUUAACCUGCAAUUUGCUAUCAAAGCAAAAACCAUAACUAGUGGCCUUAAAUAUUCACUUGCCACUGGGAACUGGGGCCAAGCAAAUGCAGCUGGAACAAGAGCAGGAGUGUCACAGGUGUUAAAUCGUUUAACAUAUGCGUCGACGUUGUCACAUUUGCGCAGACUAAACUCCCCUAUUGGCCGAGAAGGGAAGCUUGCCAAACCACGACAGUUGCAUAAUUCUCAGUGGGGGAUGAUGUGUCCGGCUGAAACACCUGAAGGACAAGCAUGUGGGCUGGUUAAGAAUCUCGCUUUGAUGGUCUACAUCACAGUUGGAUCAGCUGCGUAUCCUAUCUUGGAAUUUUUGGAGGAAUGGGGUACAGAGAAUUUUGAGGAAAUUUCUCCUGCUGUUAUUCCCCAAGCAACAAAAAUUUUUGUUAAUGGUUGCUGGGUUGGCAUCCAUCGUGAUCCUGAUAUGUUGGUGAAGACAUUGAGACGGCUAAGGAGACGGGUUGACGUUAACACUGAAGUUGGAGUUGUUAGAGAUAUCCGUCUCAAAGAACUGCGAAUAUAUACUGAUUAUGGUCGUUGUAGUCGUCCUUUAUUCAUUGUGGAGAAGCAAAGGCUUCUCAUAAAGAAGAAAGAUAUCCAUGCACUGCAGCAGAGGGAAAGCCCAGAAGAUGGUGGCUGGCAUGAUCUUGUAGCAAAGGGAUAUAUAGAAUACAUUGACACUGAGGAAGAAGAGACCACAAUGAUUUCCAUGACCAUCAGUGAUCUAGUGCAAGCAAGGAUUAACCCAGAAGAUGCUUAUUCUGACACUUACACUCAUUGUGAGAUCCACCCAUCGUUGAUUUUGGGAGUUUGUGCCUCAAUUAUACCAUUUCCUGACCACAAUCAGUCUCCACGUAAUACAUAUCAAUCUGCUAUGGGUAAGCAAGCCAUGGGAAUAUAUGUCACCAAUUACCAGUUUCGAAUGGAUACGUUGGCCUAUGUUCUCUAUUAUCCUCAAAAACCACUUGUUACAACUAGAGCUAUGGAGCACCUCCAUUUUAGGCAACUUCCUGCUGGCAUUAAUGCUAUUGUUGCCAUUGCAUGCUAUUCUGGGUACAACCAAGAAGAUUCUGUGAUUAUGAACCAAUCAUCAAUAGAUCGUGGAUUCUUUCGAUCCCUUUUCUUCCGUUCAUACAGAGAUGAGGAGAAAAAGAUGGGAACUCUUGUCAAAGAAGAUUUUGGUCGUCCAGACAGGGCUAAUACCAUGGGCAUGCGUCAUGGAUCUUAUGAUAAGUUGGAUGAUGAUGGUCUUGCACCUCCUGGAACAAGAGUUUCAGGGGAGGACGUGAUAAUUGGUAAGACUACACCUAUUUCUCAAGAUGAAGCUCAAGGCCAAGCUUCACGCUAUACAAGACGUGAUCAUAGCAUAAGCUUACGUCAUAGUGAAACUGGCAUAGUUGAUCAGGUUUUGCUGACAACAAAUGCUGAUGGUUUGAGGUUUGUGAAAGUGAGGGUUAGAUCUGUUAGAAUACCCCAGAUAGGAGACAAGUUCAGUAGUAGGCAUGGUCAGAAGGGAACAGUUGGCAUGACUUACACACAGGAGGAUAUGCCAUGGACAAUUGAAGGGAUCACCCCGGAUAUUAUAGUGAAUCCACAUGCUAUUCCCUCUCGUAUGACAAUUGGGCAGCUUAUUGAGUGUAUUAUGGGGAAGGUUGCUGCCCACAUGGGCAAGGAAGGGGAUGCUACUCCUUUUACUGAUGUUACUGUGGACAACAUUAGCAAGGCU